AUGCGAGUUCAUUUGACUUUUCUACUUUGUUGCUCAUCUGCUCUUCUGUGCUCAGCUGCCAACAAUUGUGCGUGGUUUGUCGGUCAACUUCAAUGCUCUGACCCCUCGAAAUUGGAAAAUAUCGUGGUAGAGAUCUGGGAUAGAGAUCGAUCUUUUUUCCCUCUCACACUGUUCGUUGAUGAUGAUUUGGCGGGAAGAACAAUUACAUCAGCUGAUGAUAAUGGAACUUUCAAAGUUGAAGGAUGUGCUUCUGAUGUUGAUUUCCUUUUCUUGAAAAAUGAGCCAGAAUUUUAUCUCAAAAUUCGUCAUUACUGCAAGGGAAGAGCCGAAGUGACAUAUGCCCAUCCGAGAGACAUGAAAGUCUUCGUUCCAGAGACAAAUGACUAUUUCACCAGACAUCCGAUCAAGUUGGGAUAA